GAGUGUUUAUCGGUUCAUUCUGAACUAUCAAGGCUCGGGCGAGCCCCAGCCGAGCACACUUGUGUGACGAGCAAAUCAGAGUGCCUUCCAGGCACACGCGUCAAGAUACAAGAGUUCCUAAUGAAGCGCCUAGGGGAUGCCGAGAACCGGUUUGUUUGGCUACGGGGAUCUCCUGGGACGGGAAAAACUGCGAUCUCUAUGAGUAUCGCGUCGACUUUUGAGAAAGAGGGCAUUCUAGCGGCGUCAUACUUUUGGGAUAAGAACCGGUCAGGAUUGGGCUUGGAUUCUAUCGAAUUGUUCCCUACCACUCUUGCCUGCCAACUUGCGUCCUUCAAUGAGGCCUUUAAAUUUUCACUCAUCAAACACCUUCGAAAACCGGCUUUGGACUCUGUUCAGCAUUUCCCUCUGCAAAAACAAAUCAAUACUCUGAUAAUUGAGCCUAUGCGUGGCUUGAAGGACAUAUGGUCUUCGGGAAGGGACCGCAUCGUUAUUGUCCU